AUGUCGGAAGAUGGAUUUUUUGGUAAUGAUAAUGAAACGGUCUGGGAUGGCCCUAGAUUCAGUGAUUCGCCUGAGUUUCAAACGUUGAAAGAGGAUGUUGCUGCGGAGUUAUUUGAAAUAAAUGGUCAAAUAAGCACUCUGCAGCAAUUUACCACGACCUUAAAGUCGUUCAUAGAUAAGGGAGAUGUAAGUGCGAAGGUAGUGGAGAAAAUUAAUAGGAGAUCUGUUGCAAAGAUAGAAGAAAUAGGUGAACUUAUCAAAAAAGUCAACACAUCAGUGAAAAAGAUCGACGCCAUAGAGGAAGCUAGUCUAGAUAGGACACAGAUAAUAGCUAGAGAAAAACUUGUGAGAGAUGUUAGUUAUUCUUUACAAGAAUUUCAAGGUAUUCAGCGGCAAUUCACUGAAGUAAUGAAACAAGUUAAUGAAAAGGCGAGAGAAUCCCUUGAAGCAACUGAAAUGGCAAACAAUGCCGCUCUUCUAGAUGAAGAGCAAGGUCAGAAUAGCCAAAUAAGUACUCGAAUACCAAGCAGCCAAAUAGUCAUCGAGAGAGACCCAAUAAAUAACGAAGAGUUUGCCUAUCAACAAAAUCUCAUCGAGCAAAGAGACCAGGAAAUCAGUAACAUCGAAAGAGGUAUUACGGAGUUGAAUGAGAUUUUCAAAGAUUUGGGAAGUGUCGUUCAACAACAAGGUGUUUUAGUCGACAACAUUGAAGCAAAUAUUUACACAACAUCGGAUAACACUCAAAUGGCUUCAAAUGAGUUAAGGAAGGCCAUGCGGUAUCAGAAACGGACGAGCCGGUGGAGAGUAUACUUGUUGGUUGUUCUUCUCGUAAUGCUUUUCUUUAUUUUUCUCAUCAUGAAGAUUUAG